AUGUCGCGAAAGGCGCUGCCUGCGGCCCUGGUGGCCCUUCUCGCGCUGACGAUUGCGGCCCGCCCGUCGGGCGCCCUCGAUUGCCAGAUCGAGGCCAGGGGCUUGGACAACGACGACGUCUUCACUUCAGUCAGUUGCCACGGCUUCAAGAAAUUCGAACAAAAGACGCCAAACAAGUAUGCCCAAGAGAUGGUCCUGGAGAGCGGCGUGAAGCUGUUUGGCGGGGUGGGCGGUCACGGCGUGGGCAUCGUGCUCAUUCAGAACAAGGACAUCAACAUCGUGAACUCGCACUUUGAGAAUCUCCCCGCUGAGGUGAAAGCCGGGCCGAUUUUGGCGCCCCUGGUGGUUGCCGACGCCGCCUCGAGCGUCACCAACACCGACUUUUUGAGGCAGCGCACGGGCCUGGUGGCGGGCGGCGUCUACGUGACGGACAACAGCAACGUCGUGCUGAAGGGGUGCACGCUGGAGGGCAACUUGGGGGCCAGCGUGGGCGGCCUGUCGGUCGACGGCACCAGCGCGGUGGCGGUGGAGGCCUGCACCUUCGACAGGAACGCGGCUCCCGGGUGGGCUGGCUCGUUGCAGGUUGGGGGCUCCAGCGACGUGGAGAUCUCCAACUCUGUUUUCAUUGGGACGCACGCGCCCCCAUCUGUGGAUUCAGUGCCGCAGCUCAAGCUGAGUCUGGCCGGGAAGUUCAGGGAUGACGACCUGCCCAACGCGAAGGUCACCCUGCUGCCGGUGGCCGGGGCGGUCUAUGCCACGGAGGGGUCCCGGGUGACGGUGGCAGACACGAGUUUUCAUGGGUACAGCGGGCAGCAGGGGACCGUGCACGUCACCGGGAAGUCCAUGGCCAAGCUGCUCAGGACGAAUUUCACGGACAACUUUGUGAGGGAAGGCGCAGGGCUGUACGUGGGGGAUGCCAGUGCGGCCAUCGAGAGCACAAACUUCACAACGAACAUGGCCACCAUGGGCGGGGCUCUCGCUAUGACGGGGAAGGGCAGCCUGUCAAUCAAAUCCUGCAGGUUCCAUGAAAACACAGCCAUCUCCGAUGGAGGGGCUCUGUUUCUGGACUCGUCUUUGACUGGGAAGUGCCCCAAGGUGGGCGCGACGGUGAAGCUGGAGAGCUCAGUCUUUGCAGGCAAUGAUGCCAAAGGCAGAGGUGGUGCAUUGUUGUCUGUGUGCUCGGGAUCCAUUGACAUCAAGGGGAUCUCAUUUGUGGACAACUCUGCAGGGGGCAGCGGCGGUGGUGUCCAUGUGGCCAAGGGAGACGCCCUGGUGGUCCAUGGUGCCUCCUUCUGGAGGAACAGGGCCUCCACUGGCGGAGGCCUGUUCGCUGAGGACACACCCCAGGUGACGCUCGACGCAGUUUCUUGCCUGUCCAAUAUAGCGGCCAGUGAUCUGGGCAAAGGUGCGGGUGCUGCGCUUGUUGGCGUCAGCAAGAUCACAGUCACGGACUCUGUUUUUGAGUACAAUGUUGCCCAAGGCGAUGGUUCUGCACUUGCGGUGUCGGACGCUGACUCAGCAACCAUCACCAGCACCCAAGUCCAGUUCAACCAGGCUGAUGGGAAUGGUGGUGGGAUUGCUGCUUCAACAGUGGACCAGCUGAUAGUGGACAAUGUGUCUGUUCAUGACAAUGUGGCCACGCUGAAUGGUGGCGGACUGCAGGGAGACAGAAUCGGAA